AUGAGGUUCCUGAUAGGAAACUUCUAUCUCUGGCUUAUAUGCCUAGUCCAAUGGGGAUCCGCGGCUACGGUCUUCUUCCCAAUUGUGCUGACCUGGUCAAACAGAACCGUAGCCGGAGUGACCAGACCGGUCAUUUCGACGAAUGGCCAAUUUCCAGGUCCUCCACUGCGGAUUAAUCAGGGGGACAAUGUUUUGUUCCUGGUGGACAACCGGUGCCCGUUCAAUACGACUAUUCACUUUCAUGGAAUUGAACAGCUAGGAACGCCAUGGUCUGAUGGAGUUCCGGGUGUUUCGCAGAGAUCAAUUCGACCAGGGACUUCAUUUUUGUAUAGAUGGACAGCAACAGAGUACGGGGCGUAUUGGUACCAUGCGCAUCACCGCGGCUCCCUGGAGGACGGGCUUUACGGACCCAUCUAUAUCACCCCAGCGCCUUCAGUUCAAAAGCCCUUUAAUCAAAUCUCAACCAAUCCCGUGCAGUUGAAUGCUAUGAUCGACGCGGAGAGAAUGACCCGUCCCGUCUUGCUGUCGGAAUGGCGUGUGCUCACGUCGGAGCAGAUAUGGGCUGCUGAGGUAGCCUCUGGCACAGACUCAUUCUGUGCUAAUGCUUUGCUCAUCAACGGAAAGGGAUCAGUUUCCUGUCUGCCGCGUGCUGAGAUUGACGCACUUACGACACCAGCCCAGAGGCGAGUCCUGGGUACUGGGAGUUUGACAGAUCUGGGAUGCUUCCCUGCAAACUUCACCGACGCAGUCUUCAACUUCCCAAAGAACUACAGCGCCGUCCUCCCAACAAUGUUUGAAGGCUGCGUGCCAUCGCGAGGCCCCCAGGAAGUCUUCACAGUUAAUGCAUCCCAGCAAUACAUAAGCUUAGACCUCAUUAGCACUGCCGGUCUACUGCAGCUCACAUUCUCAAUCGAUGAGCAUGUCAUGUGGGUAUACGCCAUUGAUGGACGGUACAUCCAGCCCAGACAAGUGAACGUACUCAGCAUCCCAAACUCCAACCGAUACUCGGUGCUAGUCCCCCUCAACAAACCAAGAGGAGAGUACACAGUGCGCAUGGUCAGCGCCAGCGUCCAGCAAAUCCUCAAUACGACCGCAAUAUGGCGAUACCAAGGCACGCCGCAGCUAAACCGACCCUCCAACCCAUGGGUCCUAGUCAACAACCUCAACGCCACGACCAGCACCGUCUUCCUAAACGAGUCCCUCGUCGUCCCCUUCCCAGCCAUCGCCCCCUCAACCGACAUAGCCCAAACCUUUUUCCUCCACGUCAGCCAAGUGGGCACCGCCUACCGCUGGCGCCUCGGCAACUCCAGCUACGGCCUCGAGCUCGAAGAAUCCCAGCCCUUACUCUUCAACCAAAGCUCGAUCCCCAGCGACCUGAUCAUCAGAACAAAAAACAACACCUGGGUAGACAUUAUAAUCCAAGUCGACACAAUCAUGCAGCCCAUGCACCCGAUCCACAAGCACUCGAACAAGCACUUCAUCAUCGGCGAGGGGACCGGCACGUUCAACUGGUCCACCGUGGCGGAGGCGGUGCAGUCCAUCCCCGGCAGCUUCAAUCUGCAGACGCCGCAGUAUCGCGAUACGUAUAAUACGCCGGCGCCGGUUACGGGGCCGACGUGGCUGGCUUUGAGGUAUCAUGUCGUUAAUCCGGGAGCUUUCUUCAUGCAUUGUCAUAUUCAGGUCCAUCAGAGUGGGGGAAUGGCUCUGGCUAUCUUGGAUGGAGUCGAUGCUUGGCCUACUAUUCCGCAGACUUAUCUGAGGGAUUCUGGGUUUUAG